AAUGCUUAGAUACAAACUCUAUAUAAAGAGCUCUUUCACAACCUUUAUAAAACACACCAACUACAUAUCUUAAGAAAUACAUAUCGACCUUAACACAUACACAUUUCAAAAAAUGGUGAAGGUAGCAUUGUUGUUGGUUCUGUUCAUCGCAGCAGUAUCUGUGAUGUUAACUCCCCAUGCAGAAGCAACCAUAUCGUGUGGGCAGGUUAUUUCGAAGCUAUCACCAUGCAUCAACUACGUGAAGGUAGGUGGUGUUGUUUCACCACAAUGUUGCCUUGGAAUUAAGACCCUCAACGGCCAAGCUACCACAACUCCUGAUCGUCAGAUGGCUUGUAACUGCAUCAAAUCGGCUGCCGGAGCCAUCAGCGGCAUCAACCUCGCCCUUGCUUCUGCUCUCCCUAGCAAAUGUGGUGUCAAUCUUCCCUACAAAAUUAGCCCUUCCAUUGACUGCUCCAAGGUUCACUAAGAUUUGUGAAGUCUUCAGCACAGUAGCAGGAUGCAGAAAAUAUAGAGCAUACAAGAUGGAAUAAAUUAGACUAGUGCUUUUGGAGGACUGUAAAUGAAUGACGCGUUGGCAGCACUAGUCUAUUAUUGUUUAUGUUGUUCGGUCAUAUUUAUAGUUUAGUAGUUGUGUCGUGUGUGUAAGAAGGAAUGUACCCUUCCGAUCUAUUUUUAAUAUAUAUAAUAUAAUACAUCCUGCUACUUUUAUCCA